GAGCUCGUAAUCUUUGACGAUUUCUAUGGCACCGAGAAAUAUUGCGACAUGCUUAGAUGGCUGUCUGAAAAUCCGAUUAAGGUGCCAAUCAAAGGAUCUAUGGUCGACCUACUCGCAACCAAAUUCAUCAUCACAAGCAACGUGGAACCCGAUAGAUGGUAUCCGCACAUGGAGAACAAACAAGGACUCACGCGAAGAAUAACAGAUAUCAUAUACAUGGACCAUAUACAUGAACCAUAUACAAAACUUUGUCCUAUUCAGGGCAGUAUACUUGGUCCGCUGCCGCAAAUAUUACGUCUACCAACGCGAAAUGUGCCCGACAACCGGACGCACGCCUGCACUACCAAGGAUUUCUGUACUUCACUAAUCCGCGAACAAGUACGCCGCGAAAUGGGCGGCCUCACACACGUCGAAGUAUGCCACGACAUAGCCGCAGUGGAAUCAGUCCGCCAGCGGAAGAUGGCCAAAAACCCGAAUGUGCACGGGAAAAGGGCUGGUGGCAACAACUCAGCAUAG